CAAAUGAACCAGAUAUCUAGAUAGCCCACAUAAGAAGAAGGGGGAAGAUGAAGAUCAGGAACAAGAUCAAUCCAAAAUGGAACUCCUGAGGAAGAAGUUUGCAGACUCAUUCAAGGUUGAAGAUCAAGAAAAACCAGACCAGCUUCUUAAAACAGUGGAUUUUGAUGGCGUGGUGAAGUAUUUGAAGGAUGGAAAAUGUAAAAACAUCAUCUUCAUGACUGGUGCUGGUAUAUCUACAUCUGCAGGUAUUCCAGAUUUUCGAAGCCCUGGUACCGGAUUGUAUGCAAACCUAGAAAAAUACAACCUUCCUAAUCCAAUGGCCAUCUUUGAUAUAUCAUACUUCAGGGAAAAUCCUGAACCUUUCUUCACCCUUGCAAAGGAACUUUGGCCAGCCGAUGGUCUUUUCAAACCAACACCCUGCCACUAUUUUAUGCGACUGAUCCAUGAGAAGGGAAUGCUGAGAAAGUUGUUCACCCAGAAUAUUGACACAUUUGAGAGAGUUGCCGAGAUUCCAACAGACAAAAUCAUGGAAGCACAUGGCUCUUUUCAUACGUCUCACUGUAUUGAAUGCGAUAAAUGCUACACACAGGACUGGAUAAAAGAGAAGAUUUUCUCAGAUGUCCUGCCAAAAUGUGAAGCAGAGGACUGUGAAGGUGUAGUAAAGCCAGAUGUUGUGUUCUUUGGCGAGGCCCUGCCAGCAGCAUUCUUUCAGAGUAUCAAAAAGGACAUGCCAGAAUGUGACUUGCUCAUCAUAAUGGGCACAUCAUUAGCAGUGCAGCCCUUUGCUUCCAUGGUCGGCCAAGUACCAGAGACAACCCCAAGGCUCUAUAUAAACUUGCAGAAGACUGGGCAAGGAGAUCCUUUACUCGCGCUGUUGGGAAUGGGUGGAGGGCUACAGUUUGACCAAGAGAACAACUACAGAGAUGUGUUCUGGCAGGGUACCUGUGAUGAUGGAAGUUAUGCUUUGGCUGAUGCUUUAGGCUGGGGGGACGAAUUACGAGACUUGAUCAAGAAGGAACAUGCAAGGAUUGAUGAAGCGCACAAAGCAGAGGAGUCAUCUCGGGGCACUGCUGCUACUGAGAAGACUGCGAAUAAACUCUAACACAGCAGCAUUCACAUCGAGUUUCAGUGGCCUAACUAAGUAACUUUGGAUGCCGCUACGUGAUGCUUGCUGUUACUAUGAUUGUUUUGUGAAGUGAUGUGAGCAAAAUGAAGAUUUUUGUGGAAAACUUUUUAGUCAUCGCGUGCUGCUGUCACUCAUCACAGAAAGGCCGAAUUAAAAACUCUGUGUUCUAGGCUUUAGUUAUAAGAUGACAAUGCUUAGCGCAGGAAGAGGAUUCUGUAAUAUGAACUCAUUCAGUGCAAACCUAGCAAGUACCGUACUGUGAAUGAUGAUGGUCAAUAAGACAUCCACCUUUGUAGACUGUGCCAAUUCUUUUGUACUGUUGUAGCAUUUUUGUUUGAAAGUAAGAGCAGUAAUGUCUCCAAAACAAAGUCUGUCUUCAGGAAGAUGUUCAGUUAAAUUGGAGGGAAAUACACAACAAUGGCAAUCAUACUUUUAGUGCUGUUAGUGUUGCCACACCAAGCUCCAGAUAUUUCACUGAAAUUCCACCCAGGGACAGUUUUACUCUCUCCAUGACUCGGGUCACAGCCAGCCAGGCGCCUUCUUUAUGCUUCUAUCUUAUCUGAGACUUCAUCUAUUGGACGAUCAUGACAUACAUGUAACCUCCCAAUUGAAGACGCCAGUGGCCAGAUCCAUGGAUGUCCGCAAUAGAGAGGUUAUACUGUAUGUUCUGGAUUCCAGUAGAACUGCACCACAGUCCUUAUCAAUUUGGACACCGGGUUAUGAAGCAAUAUAUAAAUAAUACUGUGAUAUGGAUUAUUCUACAUAUUUACUUUUAUCAGAAGUUGAAAAUAAAAGAUCUAUCAUGGAGGACAA